ACAACUGCAUUAACAACAACAGCAGCGCCAGAUCCGUGCAUAUCCAACCCAUGCGUUUUUGGCACGUGCUCAACAAGUUCGGAUAGCUUCAGAUGUACUUGUGAUCACGGAUACACCGGCCGGAUUUGUGAUACAUUCCAUGACCCGUGUCACUCAAGCCCGUGUAAAUUUGGCACGUGCUCACAAUCUGGAAGUUCAUUUACAUGUACAUGUAAUCAUGGAUACACUGGACAUACUUGCGAUACUUCAUUCAGCAAUUGUGUACCAGAUCCAUGUCUUCACGGCUUUUGUUCUGAUCUUGGAUCUUCUUACAAGUGUACAUGUGACCAUGGCUACAAUGGAACAAACUGCAAUAUAAAAGACCCGUGCCAACUCUUGCCUUGUAAACAUGGAGUAUGUAAUUCAACAUCAAAUGGGGCAACGUCGUGCACGUGCAACGCCGGAUAUACAGGAUUUUAUUGCGAUAUUCCCAAUCCAUGUAGCCCAAACCCAUGUAUUCAUGGACUUUGCUUGAAAUAUGGAACAACUUUUCAGUGCCAUUGUUCGAAUGGAUAUUACGGACACCAUUGCGAAAAGACUUCAAGCCCAUGUGCGUCUAAUCCAUGUGUGCACGGGACAUGUACACAUAUUGGACACUCGUAUAAAUGUAGCUGUAACUAUGGAUACGUGGGACUAAGAUGUGAUGCAGAAUGUAAGAGAGAUGUAAUCCUAUUGUUGGACAGCAAGUUUAAUAGAAAUGGGAAUACUAAAGGGUUUCUUUCUUCUUUUUUCAACAAUACGGAAACAAUCGGAAUCAAUGGGAUACAGAUUGCUUUGGCUUAUUACGAUACUCAGGUUCAUAGCAUCUGGGAACUUAACACACAUACGGACAAACGCAGCCUUCUGCAUGAUCUUUACUACUUGAAUCUUCCAAAAUCCAAUGUUACUUCCGACUUUUCCAUUGCUGUGUAUCAUUUACUUCAAAAGUACUACGGUAUAAAACUGGCUACAGGAGCAAGCGGUGAACGCCCUCGUGUACCGGAUGUAGCUGUUAUAAUGACCGGAAGUACAACCGGAUACCGAUAUUCUCAAAAUAACAUUCGUCAUCAGUUAUUAUUGCUUAAAUCACUAAAUGUAUCUACUAUCGUAUUUGGUAUUGGCGACGCUGUGGAUCAUAGUGUUACUCAGGACUUUGAUCACUCGAUAUAUAAUUCUGACAAUUAUGCUUUUGAUGGUUUUUAUUUCGGUAAACAAGUGUUGAGCCUUGUUUGUGGAUGAAACCUUAUGAAAGUUAUUGAAUUCCA